UUCUCUAGAUACCAAGUCUUGCCAUAUCCCACGCUGUUUUAUCUUACAUUUGACCUCCUAUAUCAACCCAUUGAAUCGCCAUGUCUUUCAUCGCACGUAUCGCUCCCCGUACGGGCUCAUUGAACUCCAUUGUCCGUUCCACGGCUACUCCUUCCCUGCUAGUAGGAGGCGCUCGCUCUAUCUCUGCCACGGCAGCAAAGCAAAAGGGUCCAGUGGAGGCAGCCAAGGAUACCCUGAAGAAAACGGACGACGUUCUCUCCGGUGCAGCAGUGAAGGGAAUCGAGAAGGGCGAGCAAGUAGCAGAAGCAAUCAAAGGCACCGCCAACAAGAACACCGGAGAAUUAAAAGGUGAUGCAGCGGAGCUCGCAGGCCAGGGUAAGAGCAAGGCUGAAGAAACAUUGGGAUCUGCAAAGGGCAAAACCGAGGAGACCCUUGGCUCAGCAAAGGGCAAGGCCCAAGAAACCCUAGGCGAAGCCAAGGGUAAGGCGAAGGAGACGGUCGGCAAACUCUAAAGGUCUCAAAAAAGAAGUGACAGAGAACCCGGAAUGACUAGAAUGAUUGUUGCACGCAUGUAUUUACCAUUUUCGCAUCAUACUUUCC